AUGGAUGAAAGAGAAGAUUUGGUUGAAGAUUUACUCACCGAGUAUGCCAUACAGCUUAGCAUUCAAGAAGCAAAGGGGGCCAAACCAACAGCCUUAUGCUUAAAGCAUUUUGUACCACCUAGUGAGGAAAAUAGGAAAAUCGUAACAUCCAUAAAGCAAGGUCAAGUAUUUGAGCUCCAAGAACUUGUGAAACAGAAAUAUGCUUUGGAUGAAGCUGACGAAAGAGGGUGGUUUCCACUGCAUGAAGCUGUGGCUCAGCCAAUUCAGCAAAUACUUGAAGUCAUUUUAGAUGCAUCUUACAAAACAAUGUGGGAAUACAAAACGUGUGAUGGAGAAACACCGUUGACUUUGGCAGCAAAAGCUGGCUUUGUGGAAAAUGUGCGAACGUUACUGGAAAAGGGUGUUUGGCCCAAUACCAUGAAUGACAAAGGAGAAACUCCACUUCUUAUUG